AUGUGCGGCCGCACGGCCUGCUCCCUGGGGGCCGACAACCUCCGCCGGGCCUGCGCCUAUCGCGACCGGCGGGGCCGGCGGCGGCAGCCCGAGUGGAUCCAGGCGGAGAGGUACCGGCCCUCGUACAACAAGGGCCCGCAGUCCAGCGGCCCGGUGCUGCUCUCCCGCCGGCACCUCCAGCAGGAUGCCGACUCCUCUGAGCGGGUCCUCAUGGACAUGCGCUGGGGCCUGGUUCCCUCCUGGUUCAAAAAGGACGACCCCUCCAAAAUGCCGUUUAAUACCUCCAACUGCCGCAGUGAUACCAUGCUGAAGAAGUCCUCCUACAAGGGUGCUCUCCUCAAGGGCAAGCGCUGCGUGGUCCUGGCGGAUGGCUUCUACGAGUGGCAGCAGCACAGUGGGGGAAAGCAGCCGUAUUUCAUUUACUUCCCCCAGACCAAGGACGCCCCGGCGGCCGAGGGGAAGGAGGGAGACGAGGAAUGGAGAGGAUGGAGGUUGCUCACCAUGGCUGGGAUUUUUGACUGCUGGGAGCCACCGGCGGGAGGAGAAAUGCUGUACACUUACACCAUCAUCACUGUGGAUGCCUCCAAGGACGUGAGCUUCAUCCAUCACAGGAUGCCAGCCAUCCUGGAUGGGGACGAGGCCAUCAGGAAAUGGCUGGACUUUGCUGAAGUGCCAGUCCAAGAAGCGGUUAAACUCAUCCAGCCCACAGAGAACAUAAUUUUCCACCCAGUGUCCACUUUUGUCAACAGUGUCCGCAACAACGCACCCGAGUGUCUCACACCCAUCGAGCUGGGAGCCAACAAGGAGGUCAAAGCCACCCCAAGCAGCAAAGUGAUGCUGAGCUGGUUAAAAAACUCCCAGGAGGGCUCUCCCCAGAAGAAAGAAAAUGAUUUGCCCAGGUGGACAAGUCAGUUCAUCCACAGCCCUUCGCCCAAGAAAACCAGCGCAGAUAUCCUGCAGCAGUGGCUGGGGAAGGAGGGAGAGCCGGCUGCGAAGAAGUGCAAGGCUUAGGCACCAGCUGGGAUGGCUGGCCAUCCUUUUUCCUCCUGAUUUUCUUAAACAGAAUGAGGAAUGUUUUUUUUGGAAGGCUUUGCAGACUGGUGUUGAGAUUCUCCAAGCCUCUCAGGUGUUGAUCCUAUGCGCUAGGUUGUUGUCUGUGCUCUUUAUGUUUUGUUAAAGGUUGGUGUUUGUCUUUAAGGGUUUUGGCUUUGUCUUCUGCUGACGGGAAUGAAUAUAACCUGCUGGCCUCCCUCCCUGCCAGUCACUUGUGCCAAGCGAAGAUAAAGCUCUGAGAAGCAUCUCAGCCUGCCGGGGAGGAGUAGCUUCUGCCUUCUGACAGUGUUCAUAGUUCAUGUCUCCUUCUGUUUUCUUUUCUUUUCUCUUUUUUUGGUAUUAAACUGAUACCUGUUUUCCAUUUAAUUCCAUAUUGAUUCUGUACAAAUUCCUUUCUAAUACUCUCGCCCUCAAAAGUUGGCUGCACCAGCGUUGCCACGUGCAUUCGUGGCUCCUAAACAGGGAGAUGUUUAAGCGGUGCCUGGGAGGAACCGGACUUUGCUUGGGUUUCCCUGCGGGCAGUGGGGUGGGACAGCGUGUCUUGGUCACGUUGUUUGUACAAUCAUUUUGUUAAUGGGAUUUGAAGACUUAGAGAGGAUUUUCUUGAUCUGCGAUGUGCUCUGCCUUGUUCAUAAAGGUCAUUCAUUAAAGCACAGAUAACUAAAGUGCCGUUACAGAACAGCAUAGGGCAGUUGUUUUUGAGGUCAGAGAUUUUGUAAACCAAGCCAGAUGUUACAGACCAAAAGCCUUACGUGGUGGGACCCUUGCUGGAAAGCAGUACUUCAUUUGUAUUGGAAACAUUAAAAUGGGAUUAACUGGUUGACUGCGGAA